AUGGACUUGAGCGCCCUUGUUGCUGCCCGGAAGCGAGAACGCCCCCGCACCCUGCUCGGCCGAGCGGUCUCGUCGCAGCCCACCAAGCAGGUGCGCAAGUCGCCCGCGUCGGAGGCUCCGAGGCCAUCAUGUUCGGCGGCGCAGAAACGCCCCUAUGCGCCGCCCAGAGCCCUGAAUUCGCAGAGCGGAGCAACUGCGGGGCAGCGCGCGCCGCCCGACCCGGCGCCGCCGGCUCAGGGCCGGGAGGAGAUCCCGCCUCGCCGCUUCUAUGGGGAGCCGCGAGCCGCUCCCCGCGCCGAGGACUCAGCAUCCUCGCAGCCAGCCCCAACGUCUCUCGUCGUUCGCCUGACGGCUGCACAAAAGGAGGACCUGCGUACGGAGCGAGUCAACAUGAGUGUGGCGGCGGCAGUAGCCCUCCGCGCACCAAAGCGCUCGGCCGAGCCGUGGUCGGCAGUAGCCAAGUGCAGCCCGACGUCGGGUGCGAUGGACCUCUUUGUCUGGCGGUACAUAACGCCCACGUGGACGCUGGAGGCGCAGGCGCGGCCGAAGGUGCGCCAGUGGUCGACGAACUCCCAGUCGGUGUUGCGUGCCACCCUCGACCUGCUCUCGGCGCGGGGCUCCUUCAAGGCGAUGUACGACGUGAAGGUGCUAGUCCCGAACAAGGACCGGCCCUCGACGAUGGUCGCGGCGGGCGUGGUGCCGGCAACCUUCUCGGUGAUCACCAGCGCGCGCAAGACGGUCACGAUCGUGCUGCGCAUGAAGAUGGCCUACUUCAACGCGGUGAGCAGCGCGGUGGGGGAUCUGCAGGUGUGUGCGCCGCACCCGCAGCAGGGACCGAUCCCAGCCUUCGAGGGCUAUGGGGAGUCGGGACUGCUCACGCAGGAGGCGCUCAAGGAGGAGAUCAAGCAGUCGAUCCGCCUGAUGGUGUCGACCAGGCCGGCGUGGGGCAAGUACUUGGACCCGCGGCUGCUCACGGCGGCGCGACGCACGCCGGAGCAGGAGGCGGCGGCGGCGAGGCAGGAGGCGACGAGGGUGGAGAGGCUGGCGGGGGGGGCGGAGGCGGAGGCGGAGGCGGACGAGGACGCGACCCAGCCGUCCGCAUCGCCGGCCAGCGUGCUGGCGGAGUCGGGCACGCCGCAUCGGCCGUCGCAGGCAUCGACAAUCGUGCCAUCGGCGCCGCCCACGGCGAUGACCGUGGAGGACAUUAUGCAUUCCCUUUACCUCAAGGACAUGUUCGCGCGCGGGCGCCUCCAGAACGCGCUCAAGCACGCGAAGGCGGACGUCGCCAAGGACAAGGCGCUCAAGCCCAACCCGGACUUUGUGAAGGUCUUCCAGCAGUAG